AUGGAAUCAAAAAAGACGAGCACAUCAACAAUUCGACACAAGAUCGCAAUAGAACACAACACCUUAUCGUUUCAUGCUUUGAGAGCAAAGUUUCAGCCUAGUCAUCCUGUGAAAAAGCCACCCGCAUUAGCAGAGAUGAUGGAUAGUAGUAGUAGUAGUAGUAGCAAUAGCAAGAAGAAGAAAAGCUGUACGAGCACCAUACCAAAGCGUAUCACAGCAGCAGCCAAGAACUUGACAGACUUAUCAGAUCACUUGUCCCUGAAAAGGAUUACAAAUACAAGCUCAUUAGUCGAUUUGCCAAACUCAGCGACUGCUCUCUCCCUGUGGUCUAACAAUAGCAGCUCAACAGCAACAGAGGAUCAGCCCAUAGAGAUUGAAGAAGAGGAAGAUGACAUGGACGAUGAAGAAGAAAGCAUAUCUACAGUCGUAUCAACUCUAUCUGUUCUCAGUGUAGUCCCUCGCACAGGGUCAUUUGUGAACGAUCUAAGUAAAAGACUUGCACAAUCUGGAAAAAAGGGGGAGCUUGUGAGCCACAUUACUACGGCUACCAAUAGCAACACGAUGUCUGCUUCCACACCCAUCAGACGAUCUGCACCACUCGAUGAGUUGCUGUUUCCAAUGACAGCCUCGAUGCAAUACAUUCGAAAAUCAGUGCCGGCUUCUACAUCAUCACCAUCCUUAUUAAAGCGGUCCACGACAGGCACAAGUGUCCACAGCAUGAUGUCCAAUAACUCAUCCACAAUGAUGGACUGGAAGUGGUAUGCCUCAUCCGCCUCGUCUUCUUGCCCACCACCGCCAACACCGCCUUUACCAGAUCAAUCCCCAUUGACCCGUUCGUCGGCUUUAAAACGAGCUCGUGUCGUUCAGGAGUUGAUAUCUACCGAAAAGAGCUAUCAGGCUGAUAUGGAAUUAAUUCAGGAGGUCUACCUGGAUGAUACAGUCUUCUCAAAAAUAGAAAUCAAGCAGAUAUUUAUCAAUUUGUUGGACAUCAUUGCCUUUGAAAAAGAGUUUGUGCAGCUAUUAGAGUCAUGCCAGCAAGACGAAUACCAAAACAAAGCUGAAAUGACGAUUGGCAUUGCUUUCAGCACCAUGAUGCAUCGCAUGGAGCAGCUCUAUGGCGACUACUGCAAGAGGCAUGAGGAUGCAGUGUGCAAAAUCCAGGAACUAAGCCAUCGGUCGUUGUCUGUUCAGGCAUUCUUUGCGCCCGAAAAUCAGACCUGUAAAAACAAGAUCCAGGGGCGCACCAUGUGUUGGGAUCUACCUAGUCUAUUGAUCAAGCCAGUUCAACGCGUGUUAAAAUACCCUUUAUUGCUGCGGGAAAUCGUUGCAUUGACACCUGAGUUCCACCGUGAUUUUGAUCAGCUCGUCAUGGUCACAAUGGAAAUUCAGCAAGUAGCGGAUCAUAUCAAUGAGACCAAAAGAAGAAAGGAGCUUGUGGAGCAGCUCAUGAGCGACAAGAAGAAGAUGGACAAAAAUGUCAUCAACAAGAAACUCACUCGCAAAAUACAUCGCAAACAGCAGAAAUCCACGAUCCAAGAUACGCUUUUUGACAAUCUGUACAAGCAGUUUGAAUCCAAACAAGCCAUGGCAAAGCAGUUUGAAAAGGCAGUUCAAGACUGGGUGGCGACAAUCCACGCCAACAUUCAGGCUCUGUCGGACCUGGUAGAUAGUCUUGAAGCAGUAUAUGGUGAUUCUGACGGCAUUGGCUUGCGAAGUAUCUGUGCUUUCAAAAGGCUAGUGUCUCAACUGCAAUCAUACUCAGUUGAAAAGACAGUUCAAGUGAUUUACAAUAAAAUUGACGCCUACCUCAAGUUGUUCAAGAACCCUGCGCAUGUGAUUGAUAAACGCAACAGAAAAUUGGUGGACUACGAUCGAAUCCAGCAUUUGAUGGCGAAAGGGGAGACACCAGACAAACAGCUGCAAUUAUCAGCAGAGCAGUAUCUAUCACUGAACGCUCACUUACUGGAUGAAUUGCCUACAUUUAUAGCGUUGUCCUCGGACUACUUUGAUAUCAUUAUUUACGAAUUCAGUCAGAUCCAAGCAAAAUACUGGCGUCAACACAGAUCCGAGUGGAAAUCAUUGACAAUAGAGCUUCCCUUUGGCAAAGAUUACGCUUGGUCCUGCUUAGAGAGCUACUAUCUCGCUAGUAUGCAUCGGCUGGAAUACCGCAUCAACGAGAUCAAGACAAAGCCACAGCAGCAAGAACGAAAAGAACAGGAAAAGUCCCAGACCUCAUCGACAAUAACAAUGACUACAGCUCCAAAAGAAAAAAAUUCAGAUGCUAACGUUGACCCCUCAAAAAUGAGUGGGCGGAAUACUAGCAAGCGAUACGAUAGUUUGUUUAGUGAAUCACAGCCUGUAUUUCAGUGUGUUGCUCUAGUGGAUUAUGAGUCGCCUGAAAAACUAAAAGUAGAAGAAGGUGAUCUGAUCCAGAUUUGGUUGCCUGCUUUGAGCAACGACGAUAAUAGUGCUUCAGAGGCAACGACAACAGCGAGCAGUGCAACAAGUACCGAAUGGUGGUAA